GCAGCUAGCCGCCAGUCUGCUUUUCUACAUCCUCAAGACUGACAGAGGGCAACGGCGUGAUGGAAAUUGACUCGCUUCAAGAGGCGCUUCGAGAUUUUGACAAGAAAGCAAAGCAGGAGGCAUCUCCGCUUCUUGAACAGUUUCUAUGUCAUAUUGCCAAGACUGGAGAGACCAUGGUUCAAUGGUCUCAAUUUAGGAACUACUUCCUAUUUAAAUUGGAGAAGGUGAUGGAUGACUUUAGGGCCUCAGCACCUGAGCAAAGAGGUCCUGCAAAUCCCAACGUGGAGUCAAUUCCAUUUGAAGAUAUGAAGGAAAGAAUUCUGAAGAUUGUAAAGGGAUACAAUGGAAUUCCAUUUACAAUCCAGCGCUUGUGCGAGCUUCUCACAGAGCCCAAGAGGAACUACACAGGAACAGAUAAGUUCCUUCGAGGGGUGGAGAAGAAUGUAAUGGUCGUAAGCUGUAUUCACCCAACCUCAGAGAAAAAUGGAUGCAGUGCUGUCAACAGAAUGAAUGGAGUGAUGCUUCCUGGAAACACAUCUGCCUUUACAGAGAGGAAAGUGAACGGUCCUGGAACUCCUCGGCCGCUGAACCGACCGAAGCUGUCUCUGGCCAACUCACUAGCAGCCAAUGGCCUGCCAGACAGCACAGACAACAAAGACCUCAACACAGAGCAAGAAGACGACAAAGACUCCAGUGAGGUUUCAGCGUCGGGAGGCUCCCUGGGCAGCUCAGUGAAAAACAAACACCCAGAAGACACAGAGGAGGACAUGGAAGCUGAGCAGCAGGAAGUGAAGAGACUUAAGUUUAGCAAGGAUGACGAGGAAGAGGAAGAUGAGGAUGAUGAAGAGGAAGAGCAGGAGGUGGACACACUGAGGCCUUUACAUGCCACCUGCCUGUCAAAAGAGGCAGAAGCCAUGGUCCAGGAGGAAGAGGAAGAAGAGAAGGUCGGGUACAGCAAGGAGAAUGAAGCCUCCAGCAGUGCUUCUACCACUGAGGACCAAGAACCAACUAGCAGCACGCAGGCUGAGGCGUCCGCGAGCCCAGCUCCGGAGGCCGAGCAGGCUGAGAGGGAGGUGCCGUGCGGCUCCCAGGAUGAGGGCAGCGACAUGGAUCAGACAGAGCAGCAGGCCCCCGCAGGCAUCCUGGAGAGCCCCGAGACCAGCAGGGACAGUGAGGAGAGCAACAGUGACCCAGUCAGCAGCAGCAGCAGCAGCAGCAGCAGCAGCAGCAGUAGCAGCAGUGGUAGCAGCUGUAGCAUAGAGGAGAGCGCAGAAGCGGCCAGAGAAGACGUCGCUCUCGCUCCCUCCAGCAGUACGACUGAACCUCCUACAGAGGGCGCCAUGGAAAGUGCCACCUUGAACACUGGGACCACUGAGGAGCCCAUGGAGCAGGACUAGACUGAAGGCGCCCCCUGCAGCCAUGUGUGACCAUAAACCAGCUUGUCCUUGAAUCCAGCGUGACUGUCACUGGGAAUGAGGAUAACUGCACCUCGUACACAAGACGAAUGCCUCGUCCCGCUCUUUGGACACUCCUCCGAAAUGGCUACCUGGCAUUGAUGUGGGCAUACAAAUAAAUUUUCAUUUGAAGUUUUUUUUUGGUUUUUUUUCUAUUAACUGGAAUAUUUUAUUGAUCUUCUUAUCCUCUGAUUUUAAGUUUCCCUUAAAAGGGGUUGGUUUCAGCAGCUUUGAGUUUCUUGGCUGGAUUCUUUUUA